AUGUGGAAGAGCGAUCAGGAGAUGAUGGAUCCGCAUGUUUUUCUGGUUAUUGUCGCUUCGCAUUUGAUGGUCAGUCUGCAGUAUAUCCCCCUUAUCCUUGAUAGUUCAGAAUCUGCUCUUCUUCGUGUCCGACUACCUGAUGUACCGUCUGCCGGCGACAGGUCUGCUGACUCCCUGGUGCGUCCGCACCGUCCCCUCUUCCCUCCUCACCGCCGUCAUAUUCUUCUCCUUCUACUCUGCCUACACAGUCAUGCUCUUCCCUUCGCUCCUCUCUCUUCUUCGCUUUCUCCUCAUCACCACUCCGAACUCUCUGCUCACUGCCGUCUUCCUCCGAUUCAGCUUGCCGUUCAUCUUCCUUUAUCCGAUCUUCUUCACUUUUUUCCUCGUCCCGGCCACCGGAAUCUGCAAACCACUCGGAAGUCCGUAUCCGUUCGGUGCCGUCAUGGUCUACUAUUUUGGAUCGUUUCGCGGCAUUCACAACUCGCCGUUUUAUCUUGGGAAUAUUGUGGUGUGGAUGAUCAUUGGAGCAGUUAUCAAUGCAUUGUUGCUCUUGAAAUUGACAGGGUUCAAGUACACUUCGGAGUGAGUUUACGUUAUAGAACUGAGAAGUUUAACCAUUUCGAUUGUAGGUCAUUCGGCCGAUCGAAAGGCCGGAAAGCAGAGUUCUCGAUCACUGUGACGACCGUCUCGAUGCUCCUUUCCGCCCUUCUCAACUGCAUCUUCGUCGUCAUCUACCUGAAAUCUCCCUCGAUUAUCGACUAUCUGACACUGGUGAAACCGAUCGGAUCGGACUGCGAAACGGUCGUUUCCCCGUGGAUCUUUUAUCUGACUCAUCCGAUGUUCUCGAAAAGUAGACAAUUAAAAACGGAGCACGCGUCGAAGAGCCCGAUUGUUGUGAAUGCGAUGUUUUGA